CAAACUUUGCCUUUAGUGAUUUAUAAGGGGAUUUAUCAACAUAGGAGUAAAUUUGUUCCACUGCUGUAACCCAUAGCAACCAAUCAACAAUUAGCUGUGAGCUCUCAACCACAGUUAAAAUAAUGAAAGUAAAUGUCAAAUUGGUUGCUAAUGGUUACUGCUAGGGAGCAAACUUGCACCAUUGCUAAUAAACAAGGCUCAUAUGGAUCAGAGCAGAACAUCAGGACCCUGUCGCUCAUUCUCUGCAUGUUUUCCUAUCUGCUGGUGGGGGCGGCUGGGUUUGACGCUCUGGAGUCUGAGUCGGAAAUCUCCAGGAAAAGGAUUUUUAGAGGAAAACAGAAUGGACCUGAGACAUAAACAUGGUUUUUCCGAUGAGGACUAUCGAGAGAUUGAGCGAGUGGUUCAGCAGUCGGAGCCUCACCGUGCAGGCAAGCAGUGGAAAUUCACCGGAUCAUUUUACUUUGCAAUCACAGUCAUUACCACAAUAGACGGCACAAUGAGCUGAGGCGCGUCCGGUAAGCUCCGUGCAAACUUUGGCCGGCUACAGAUUCUAGGGGUGAGAGAUCCCACGUCCCCAGGUUGAUGUUGAAGUCCAGUAUAGCACAACUGCUGCACACAAUGAAGAAGCAGAACAUCAGGACCUUGUCGCUCAUUCUCUGCAUGUUUUCUUAUCUGCUGGUGGGGGCGGCUGUGUUUGACGCUCUGGAGUCCGAGUCGGAAAUCUCCAGGAAAAGGAUUUUGGAGGAGAAGAGACUGAACCUGAGAAAUAAAUAUGGUUUUUCCGAUGAGGACUAUCGAGAGAUUGAGCGAGUGGUUCAGCAGUCGGAGCCUCACCGUGCAGGCAAGCAGUGGAAAUUUGCUGGAUCAUUUUACUUUGCAAUCACAGUCAUUACCACAAUAGGUUAUGGCCAUGCUGCUCCAGGGACUGAUGCCGGGAAAGUGUUCUGCAUGUUCUAUGCGGUGCUCGGGAUUCCUCUUACCUUGGUCAUGUUCCAGAGUUUGGGAGAGAGAAUGAACACCUUUGUCAGGUUCCUCUUAAAAAAACUAAAGAGAUGUUUCCGCCUGAGAAAAACCGAGGUAUCGAUGGAGAAUAUGGUUUUAGUUGGCUUUCUGUCGUGCAUCGGGACACUGGGCAUCGGGGCAGCUGCUUUCUCCUACUUUGAAGGUUGGACCUUCUUCCACUCCUAUUACUACUGCUUCAUCACUCUCACCACCAUAGGUUUUGGGGACUUUGUAGCUCUGCAGAAAAAUGAAGCGCUGCAAAAGAAACCACCCUACGUGGCAUUUAGUUUUAUGUACAUACUGGUGGGUUUGACCGUUAUCGGGGCUUUCCUGAACUUGGUUGUCCUCCGGUUUCUGACCAUGAAUUCUGAAGAUGAAAGACGUGAUGCAGAGGAAAGGGCGUCUUUAAGGAGAGCUCAGAAUAACAUCAACCUGCAGUCCAGCCUGAUUAGCAGAAGCAGGAGCUCCAUUUUCCUUCCACUGGGGGACAGGACAAGCCAGAUCAACCUUAUUCCUCUCAUGCAGGAAGACUCAGACAGGGAUCGGCCAAGAGCUUCCAACACUCCCUCCAGAGCCGGGUCCUUUUGCACCUGCAUGUGUUACAGGUCUCAUUUCUGCGACAGCCCGGCAAUAUCGCACCAUGAGACGCUGAUCUGUCACACCAACCCUGUAUACUAUAACUCCAUAUCUUUCAAAAUAGAUGAAAUUUCCCUAAGCACAAGGGACAACACUGGUUUCUCUUCUCCUGCGAGCACAUUCUCACCGGCCAGUCAACGCUACCAGAAGGGCAGCAGAGUGAGGCGAAAUUCCAUUUAACUUUCUGUCGACCAUCUUACAAAGAAGAAGCACACCAACAUGCCUUUAACACAUUUAUUGCAGAAAGAUGGGGCACAAGCUUUUGGGGAAUUUUCCCUUCUUCUUUAGGUGCAAUGAAUCACCCAAAGCUUGUGCCACAUCUUUCUGCAUGUUGGUGUGCUUCUUCUUUAUAUGGAGGUAAAUGGAUUUGGCUUGGAAGUAGCCAAGGAAUUGAAUGCACCCUAUGGAAUCAUGUAAGUCAGUGAUCCCCAACCAGUGGCUCACAGGCAACAUGUUGCUCCCCAACCCCUUGGAUGUUGCUCCAAGG